CCGUUUCCUUCCCUUCCCACUCCAAAAUCCCUUCCCAGCACGAUUCCCUUCCCAGAUUCAUUCCCUUCAGGAUCCUGCACUCCAACAGUAUUCCCUUCCCCAUUCCCUUCCCCAACAGACUUUCAAUAUUUUAAUAUACUUGGUACCGAAUCUGUAUAUCUACGAUGAAUGCGUUUGUACGGCGUAUGCAGUACGGGAUUAGAGUGUUGAAUGGGUAGACGGCUUGUGGUGGAAGGAAACGUUGGACUUUUCAAGCGGCUUGCAAUGGAAGCCACUGAAGUGUGGCUUCGCAGGGAAGAUUUGUAGCACUACAAAAAGGGCCAGCUUGCUCACAGCGGAGUCACACUAGUUCCUCCAUUUGCCAAAAACAAGAUGAACUCCUCAGAUUCGGAGGAAAUGAUGAUGUUCUCCUCAGAUUCGAGUGACGAAGAGGAUGAGCUGCUUGUGCUGAUUGCCAUCGAGGAGGAAGAAGCGGCAGCUGCGCGUCGUAGCAGGCAGCGUGGGUCGAUGCCCGGCCAUGCGGUUAUAGACCGGCAACACCGCGAAGGUGCUGCUAGGCUGUACAACGACUACUUCGCCGACAACCCUGUGUUCGGCGAUAUCCUGUUUCGUCGGAGGUUUCGUAUGUCGCGGCGGUUGUUCUUGCGUAUUGCGGCCGCUGUGGAGGAGCAUGACACCUGGUUCAGGCAGAGAAGGGAUGCAACGGGGAAGCUCGGCCUUAGCCCCUUGCAAAAAAUGACAGCGGCCAUACGGCAACUAGCAUACGGAGUCAGUUCCGAUGCAGUUGACGAGUACGUGCGGAUAGGAGUGAGCACGGCGAUGAUGGCUUUACGAAAAUAUGUGGAAGCUAUUGUGCAGGUGUUCGGAGAAGAAUAUCUCCGGGCUCCCAAUGAAACUGACACCGCCCGUCUCCUGGCAGAAGGGGAGCGCCGUGGGUUUCCCGGGAUGCUCGGGAGCAUCGAUUGCAUGCAUUGGGUAUGGAAGAACUGUCCAAAAGCAUGGCAUGGCGCGUACACAGGCCAUACUCGCAAGCCUUCUAUAGUUUUGGAGGCGGUUGCGUCGUAUGACUUAUGGAUUUGGCAUGCUUUUUUUGGCAUGCCUGGGAGUCUUAACGAUAUAAACGUAUUGCACCGCUCUAACUUAUUUACUAGGCUUAUUGAUGGGAGUGCCCCACCUGUUUCGUACAUCAUAAAUGGUAACAGGUACGACAUGGGAUACUACCUCGGCGAUGGCAUAUACCCCGAAUGGGCGACCAUAGUGAAGGCAAUUCCUGCUCCACGAGGCAACAAGAGCAUCAAUUUCUCCGCGAUGCAAGCUGCUCUCCGCAAGGAUGUCGAACGUGCAUUUGGUGUGUUGCAAUCUAGGUUUGCUAUUGUUCGCGGGCCGGCUAGAGUAUGGGAUCAGUCUACCUUGCAUAAUAUCAUGACCGCAUGCGUUAUUAUGCACAACAUGAUUAUUGAGGACGAGCGUGGAACCGCUUCCCCGGUGCAGGUGUUCGACUUCAUGGGGGAACCAACUCAAGUCCAUCGAAGUGGUGACGAAGGUGUCCUGCAUUAUGUCGAAACCACUCAAGCUAUCCGCAACCGUGCAGUGCACCGCCAAUUGCGGGCGGACCUUGUGGAGCACCUUUGGAGUAUGCAUGGAGCACAGUAG